CAGCAAAAGAGUCGGAAGAACAACGCGAGGCAACGUGCUGGAAACCGUAGCCUUCGGAACUGCGGUCACGCCUCCCAUGCGAGCUCUGGAGGGAGCACUUUAUGUGUUGCACUGAGGGUAGUCUCCGGAAACGCGAUUGGCAGCGAGCGCCGGAAGCGGUCUUGGGUCUCCUGCUGUGGCCGAGGACUGCUACGCUGAAGGGGCUGGGUACGUGUUUUCCUUCACGACCGGAGCGGAGAGGAGCCGGGAUCGCCGCGGCGAUGGAACAGGCCUCGGAAAAGCGCACAGCCAGCGCGCUGUUUGCGGGGUUCCGGGCCUUGGGGCUUUUCAGCAACGACAUUCCACACGUGGUGCGGUUCAGCGCGCUCAAGCGCCGGUUCUAUGUAACAACCUGCGUAGGCAAGAGUUUCCACACUUAUGACGUUCAGAAACUGAGUCUGGUUGCAGUAAGUAAUUCUGUUCCACAGGAUAUCUGCUGCAUGGCAGCUGAUGGCAGAUUAGUCUUUGCUGCGUAUGGAAAUGUUUUCUCUGCAUUUGCCCGUAAUAAAGAGAUAGUGUAUACCUUUAAGGGUCAUAAGGCAGAAAUCCAUCUCUUGCAACCCUUUGGAGACCACAUUAUCUCUGUUGAUACUGACAGCAUUCUUAUUAUUUGGCACAUAUAUUCAGAAGAAGAAUACCUGCAAUUGACUUUUGAUAAAACAGUAUUUAAAAUUUCUGCAAUUUUGCAUCCAAGUACCUACUUGAAUAAAAUACUUCUGGGCAGUGAACAAGGAAGCCUGCAAUUGUGGAAUGUAAAAUCCAAUAAACUUCUGUAUACAUUUCCAGGAUGGAAAGUUGGAGUGACAGCUCUUCAGCAGGCACCAGCUGUGGAUGUUGUUGCUAUUGGUCUUAUGUCAGGUCAAGUUAUCAUUCACAACAUUAAAUUUAAUGAAACAUUAAUGAAGUUUCGUCAAGACUGGGGACCCAUUACUUCAAUUUCAUUUCGCACAGAUGGUCAUCCUGUAAUGGCAGCUGGAAGCCCAUGUGGCCAUAUUGGACUCUGGGAUCUAGAGGACAAAAAAUUAAUCAAUCAAAUGAGAAAUGCACACUCUACAGCAAUUGCCGGACUGACAUUUCUCCAUAGAGAGCCACUUCUUGUCACAAAUGGCGGUGACAAUGCUCUCAGGAUAUGGAUAUUUGAUGGUCCUACAGGUGACGGCCGACUUUUGAGAUUCAGAAUGGGUCAUAGUGCUCCUCUUACCACUAUCAGAUACUAUGGACAGAAUGGACAACAGAUUCUAAGCGCAAGUCAAGAUGGAACUCUUCAGUCAUUUUCCACGGUACAUGAAAAAUUCAAUAAGAGUUUGGGACAUGGAUUAAUAAAUAAAAAGAGAGUCAAACGUAAAGGACUUCAGAAUACUAUGUCAGUGAGACUUCCACCCAUCACAAAGUUUGCAGCAGAGGAAGCUCGUGAGAGUGACUGGGAUGGUAUCAUUGCUUGCCAUCAAGGUAAGCUAUCUUGCUCAACGUGGAAUUACCAAAAAUCUACAAUAGGUGCUUACUUUCUCAAGCCAAAAGAAUUGAAGAAAGAUGACAUAACUGCAACAGCAGUGGAUAUAACUUCUUGUGGAAACUUUGCUGUAAUUGGCCUCUCAUCAGGAACUGUAGAUGUAUAUAACAUGCAGUCUGGUAUACAUCGAGGAAGUUUCGGCAAGGAUCAAGCUCACAAGGGAUCUAUUAGAGGUGUUUCAGUGGAUGGAUUAAACCAGUUGACAGUUACAACUGGUAGUGAAGGAUUACUCAAAUUCUGGAACUUUAAAAGCAAAAGUUUAAUCCAUUCUAUGGGCCUCAGUUCAUCUCCAAAUAUCAUGUUGCUUCAUAGAGACAGUGGCAUUCUGGGACUCGCCUUGGAUGACUUCUCCAUUAGUGUUGUGGACAUAGAAACUAGGAAGAUUGUCAGAGAGUUUUCUGGACACCAAGGCCAAAUAAAUGACAUGGCUUUUAGUCCUGAUGGUCGUUGGUUAAUAAGCGCUGCAAUGGAUUGCUCUGUUAGGACUUGGGACCUUCCUUCUGGAUGCCUGAUAGACUGCUUUUUGUUGGACUCGGCUCCUCUGAAUGUUUCUAUGUCUCCUACUGGAGACUUUCUGGCAACUUCCCAUGUGGACCACCUUGGAAUUUAUCUAUGGUCCAAUAUUUCUCUGUAUUCAGUUGUUUCAUUACGGCCACUUCCUACAGAUUAUGUCCCUUCAGUAGUGAUGCUUCCUGGUACUUGCCAAACCCAAGAUGUAGAAGUAUCAGAAGAAACAGUAGAACCAAGUGAUGAAAUGAUAGAGUAUGAUUCACCAGAACAGUUGGAUGAGCAAUUGGUGACUCUUUCACUUCUUCCUGAAUCACGGUGGAAAAACCUUCUUAAUCUUGAUGUUAUUAAGAAAAAGAAUAAACCAAGGGAACCACCCAAAGUACCCAAAUCAGCACCAUUUUUCAUUCCAACAAUUCCUGGUCUUGUACCCAGAUAUGCUGCACCUGAACAAAAUAAUGAUCCUCAGCAGUCUAAAGUGGUAAAUCUUGGAGUUUUGGCUCAAAAAUCAGAUUUCUGCUUGAAACUUGAAGAAGGACUGGUAAAUAAUAAAUAUGACAUGGCUCUCAACCUUCUGAAAGAAUUAGGCCCAUCAGGAAUUGAAACAGAGCUGCGAAGCUUGUCUCCUGAUUGUGGUGGGUCUAUAGAAGUCAUGCAGAGCUUCUUGAAAAUGAUUGGGAUGAUGCUGGACAGAAAGCGUGAUUUCGAGUUAGCCCAGGCAUACCUUGCAUUGUUUCUAAAGUUACACCUUAAAAUGCUUCCUUCAGAGCCAAUACUCCUAGAAGAAAUAACAAAUUUGUCAUCCCAGGUGGAAGAAAACUGGAUCCAUUUGCAAUCACUCUUCAAUCAAAGCAUGUGUAUAUUAAAUUACCUCAAAAGUGCUUUGUUAUGAAAAUAAAUUUGUGACUAAACAAAUCAAAGACUUACAUAUUAAAUAGGUUCAAUUGAACUCAUUUCUUAUUUUCCAAGGGUCAAUGUGAAAAGAAAAUAAGGGCUAGCACUCUUAACUGGUCAGUAAAUCUCCACUUUAAAUGCUAAAUACUUUCUUGAAGUAAAAUCACACGUGCCACCUAGGCAGAUGGAUAAUGCCUGUAAUUCCAGCACUUCGGGAGGCCAAAGCGGGAGGAUUGCUUGAGACCAGCCUGGGCAACAUAGCAAGCAAGAUCCCAUCUCUACAAAAA